AAAAUCCAAAAGCAGCCAAAACAAUCACGGUGUGUUUGUCUACCAUUCUCUCUCAUCACCCCUGUGAAUCCAAAUUGUUUAAAUUUCUCAACUGCCACCUGCCUCAUCCAGAGUCCCAUCUACACUUCUCUCACUCAUUCGUAGUAAGCAAGACAGAGAGGAGAGAGAGAGCUCUGCAUUUUUCAGCGGCUUUCUAUCUGUCUCCUCUCUACCAGUGCAAAUAUUUGACUGAUAAUCGAAAUCUGUAACCUUUCGUUUUCGCUUUCGCUUCACAGAUCUUAAACUCCCAAAAAAGCAAACUACUUUUGCUAUUGUAUCGGUUGUAAUUGUUUUCUUUUCGUUAAAGUUCGCUCAUUUUCUGGCAUUUUGGUUUUCUCGGGAACCAAACAGAAGAACCCAGAAAAUGUGGAAGCUGAAAAUUGCGGAGGGAGGGAGCCCGUGGCUGCGCACACUCAACAAUCAUGUGGGCAGGCAAGUGUGGGAGUUUGAUCCCAAGCUUGGCACCCCCGAAGAGCUCCUCGAGAUCGAGAAAGCUCGCGAGCACUUUCACAACAAUCGGUUCGUUAAGAAACACAGCUCCGAUCUGUUCAUGCGCAUGCAGUUAUCCAAGGAGAACCCAGGUCAUGCUGUUUUACCCCAGAUCAAAGUAAAAGACACAGAAGAUGUGACCGGGGAGACAGUGACAAAUAUAUUAAGAAGGGCUAUAAAUUUCCAUUCAAGUCUUCAAGCCCAUGAUGGACAUUGGCCCGGGGACUAUGGUGGCCCUAUGUUUCUACUGCCUGGCCUGGUAAUUACUUUAUCUAUCACUGGGGCAUUGAAUGCAGUCUUAUCAGAUGAGCAUAAGAAGGAGAUUUGUCGAUACCUUUACAAUCAUCAGAACAAAGAUGGUGGGUGGGGCUUACACAUUGAGGGCCCAAGUACUAUGUUUGGUAGUGUCUUGACUUAUGUUACUUUAAGGUUGCUUGGUGAAGGAGCUAAAGAUGGACAAGGAGCGAUGGAGAGUGGGCGUAAAUGGAUUCUGGACCAUGGUGGUGCUACUGCAAUUACAUCGUGGGGGAAAAUGUGGUUAUCAGUACUGGGAGCAUUUGAAUGGUCUGGCAAUAAUCCCCUGCCCCCUGAGAUAUGGCUUCUUCCGUACAUGCUGCCUAUCCAUCCAGGAAGGAUGUGGUGUCACUGCCGAAUGGUUUAUUUGCCAAUGUCUUACUUAUAUGGAAAGAGGUUUGUUGGCCCAAUCACACCAACAGUCUUGUCUUUGAGGAAAGAGCUUUUCAAUGCUCCCUAUCAUGAAAUAGAUUGGAAUGUGGCUCGCAACCAAUGUGCAAAGGAAGAUUUGUACUACCCACACCCCUUUGUACAGGAUAUACUUUGGUCCUCUCUCCAUAUGGCUGUUGAACCAAUCUUAAUGCGUUGGCCUGGAAAGAAGUUGAGAGAAAAAGCUCUUAAAACUGCAAUUGAGCACAUACAUUAUGAAGAUGAGAAUACUCGUUAUAUUUGCAUUGGGCCUGUGAAUAAGGUGUUGAAUAUGCUUUGUUGUUGGGUAGAAGAUCCAAAUUCAGAGGCUUUUAAGUUGCAUCUUCCAAGAAUCUAUGAUUAUCUAUGGAUUGCUGAGGAUGGCAUGAAAAUGCAGGGGUACAAUGGAAGCCAGUUAUGGGACACUGCUUUUGCCGUUCAAGCAAUUAUCUCAACCAACCUUGUAGAAGAAUUUGGUUCAACUCUAAGAAAGGGACAUAAAUUCAUCAAGGAUUCACAGGUUCUAGAAAAUUGCCCAGGUGAUCUUGACUUUUGGUAUCGCCACAUUUCAAAGGGUGCUUGGCCUUUUUCUACUGCUGAUCAUGGAUGGCCCAUCUCAGACUGCACCGCAGAAGGAUUGAAAGCUGUUCUAUCAUUGUCAAAAAUUCCAUCGGAAAUUGUUGGUGAACCACUAGAUGCAAAGCGGUUAUUUGAUUCUGUCAAUGUCGUACUCUCAUUGCAGAAUAGUGAUGGUGGCUUUGCAACAUACGAACUUACAAGAUCCUAUAGGUGGUUAGAGUUGAUCAACCCUGCUGAAACCUUUGGUGACAUUGUUAUCGAUUAUCCUUAUGUCGAAUGUACCUCAGCUGCUAUUCAAGCUCUGGCAUCAUUUAAGAAACUAUAUCCUGGUCAUCGGAGCGAAGAAAUUGAGCGUUGCAUCAAAAGAGCUGUUGAGUUUAUUGAAAAGAUACAAGAAUCUGAUGGUUCAUGGUAUGGUUCAUGGGGGGUUUGCUUCACUUAUGGUACAUGGUUUGGGGUAAAAGGGUUGGUCGCUGCUGGAAGGAACUAUAACAAUAGCUCUAGCAUUCGUAAAGCUUGUGAUUUUCUGCUAUCAAAACAGCUUGCUUCUGGUGGCUGGGCCGAGAGUUAUCUAUCAUGUCAAAACAAGGUGUACACAAAUCUUGAGGGUGAUAGGUCUCAUGUGGUAAAUACUGGAUGGGCCAUGUUGGCUCUUAUUGACGCUGGGCAGGCUGAGAGAGAUCCAACACCGUUGCACCGUGCGGCAAGACGUUUGAUAAAUUCUCAAAUGGAGAACGGGGAUUUUCCUCAAGAGGAAAUCAUGGGUGUCUUCAACCGGAACUGUAUGAUCACGUAUGCCGCAUACCGGAACAUAUUCCCUAUAUGGGCAUUGGGAGAAUACCGCUGCCGGGUGUUGCAGGCUUCAUGAGCUAACCUUGCCAUUAAUUUGUAUAACAUUCUCUCAUGCAAGUUAAUGUAUUUCAAAUUCAACCACCUUUUUUUGUCAACUAAACAUCGCAAAGUAAUGAGUUCUAGAGCCUAAAAAAAUUUCAUAAAAGGAAAUAAAUCAUAACAAAUUCCAGGUGAUUGUGUAUCAUGGUGGUAUCUCGUAUGGUAAUUUUGAAGUUACUUGGCUGAGGCACAGCUUUUACCCA